AGAAACCUGUUUGUCAAGGCCACCACUGGUCCUGCCCGCUGCUAAGCGAUGGUGUGUGGCUGCAAGUGAGGAGCAGGCAGAUGCAGACUGCAAAGGAGGAUGAAGGGUGUGUUCGCUAGCCAAUCUGAGGAGCAGGACAGCUCCACCACCCUGUGCCCCAUGAGGGGCACCUGCUUAGCAAUGUUGCCAACGCUCAGCUGUGAUACCAGGCCCCCUUUGUGAAACAGCUGGUGGGAUCAUCUUUCCUGCAGCCCUCACAGCAAAUAAGCUUCACGGGCACAGCAGCUGGGGAUGGCGCCUUGCCCCACUGAGACCAUGUCAGAAGGGCUGCGCGGGGAGCCAGAGGCAGACUGUCCAGUUUGCUGGAACCCCUACAACAACACCUUCCGUACCCCAAAGCUCCUGGAGUGCCAGCACUCCUUUUGCAUCGAGUGCCUGGCACACCUGAGCCUGGUGUCCCCUGCCCGCAACCGGCUGCAAUGCCCACUCUGCCGCCACCUCACAGUGCUCCCCUUCAACCAGCCCAUCACCGACCUGCCCACCAACUUGGAUGUCCUGCGGCUGCUCAAACUGGAGCCCAACCAUAUCAUCCUGGAGGGCCGGCAGCUGUGCCUAAAGGAUGAGCGGAAAUCACGGUACUUCCUGCGCCAGCCCAGGGUUUAUACCCUCAACCUGGGAACAGAUCCAGGGCCCAGGCUAGGUAGCUCCCAGGCUUUCCCCAGGCCGACCUCCAUCCCCAGCCGCUCUUCCCUUCAGCAGUGCAUCCGUAACCCCCAGUUCCGCAUCUUCGCCUACCUGAUGGCCAUCAUCCUCAGCAUGACACUGCUGCUCAUCUUCUCCAUCUUCUGGACCAAGCAGUUCCUCUGGGGCAUAGGCUGAGGGCUUGGCAAGCCCCACAACUGGAGCCCAGAGCUCAACAUCUUCUCAGACAGCAAAAAGUCCCAGGUGACAUCAGCUACUUGGCAUCUGCUCUGGGCAGGGGAGUCCUCUCUGCACCCUCCAGGACCAUCUGUGCAGGCUCUGGCUAAUGAGCUUUAUUCCUGAUCUCUUCUCAGUGAUACACCCAGCCAUACUAGUCAUCUGGCUGCAUCCCAAGACCUGGGGGUUCCCUGGCAGCCACGCUGAGAAUUGUGCACCAACAGCAGCAGAACCUGUAUGAUGUUCUGGAACUGCCCCAUCAGCUGAAGCUCUUUGCUGCCUAUCAUGGGGUCUAGGGCCCCGACAUGACCUCCAAGGCGCUAUGGGAAUACAGAUGCUCAUAGUAGUGGGCAACAAGGCCAUUAUACUGGAUGGCCAGGACUCAAGAGGAGGAGAUACUGCAAACCCCAGCCCAGGAGGAAUGAGCCAGAACCUUAUGGAAAGUGAAGAUUUCUAGAGGCUCACCUGUGACUCAUCUUAUAUCUUCUGGGUGCCACCAAGGACAACAUGCAGGCCAGGACAUUCAUGUCCACAGACGGACACCACCUGUUGUGACAAAGGUCCUCAUUGGGGG